ACAAAAACACGAGCAUCUGUGCGUAGCCGUGACGUUGGCUGCAUCUCUCUCUCUUUCUUUUCUUUGUGUAACCGAGUUUCCUCUCGACAUUACUGAUGUUAUUCACAGCAGAUGUCUUUUAAACACACGACAGCAGAUAUGAGACUCGUUUCUUUCGUCUUUAUUUGUCUCAGUUUGGUUUGGAUCACGAGCUGCGCGCCUCCGACUUGUUAUUCGCGCGUUCUAGAGCUCAGCAAAGAGAUCACAGAGAUUUUGGACAAGGUUCAUAAAUCUGAUCGCACAAAAACAUGCGCUGAAAUGUUGCCAAAGAUGAUUCUAGACGUGCACAACUCCUGCAUCACAACAAAACUGCGUGACUUUCUGUAUGUGGCUGAGAAUUUACCAAUGGAAUGCAAAGAGAGGCCGCGUGUACGAUACCUGAAGCGGAAGGUUCAAGGGCUCCAUACCAUCAUAGGUCGUGCGUGUUAUCGGGAUCUGGUGUAUUUUACAGAUGACUGUCAAGGUCUGGAGACAGGGUACAGCAACCCUCGAAACACAGAAUAUCGACUGCAACUCUUGGAAGAUGACAACUAAGAGGCAAACAGUUUGUGUACAUGUGUGCAUACGUGUGUUUUAAAGGGGAUAUAUCAUGAAAAUCUGACUUUUUUCAUUUUUAAGUGCUAUAAUUGGGUCCCCAGUGCUUCUAUCAACCUUGAAAAUGUGUAAAGAAAAACAACCCAGUAACUUAGUCUUGGUAAACCAUUUUCUGCAAGCAUGUGAAAAAAUAGCUUAGAAGAAGAUCCUAUUAUAAUAAUACCGCCCCUUAAUCAGCACUAUCCAACCACGGCACUGCCAUUUAGUGCAGAGAAAAAGAGAGAAAAAUAAUUAACAGCACAAUUGAGUUUCAAUUUCAACAAACCAUCAUUAUGGUGAUCAGUGUUUGCAUUUCAUCAGCUCAUUUGCAUUUAAAGGGACACACCCAAAUAUGGCACAUUUUUGCUCACACCUACAAAGUGGCAAUUUUUACAUGCUUUAAUAAAUUAUCAAUAUGGUAUUUUGAGCUAAAACUUCACAUAUCGUCGCUGCCUGAUGAAACUCACGUAUGUCCAAAACAGUUACUUUUCAGAAAGUGAAAAAAACACCGUAUAUCAAAAGCAGUUGAAUGUAGCAUUGUCAUACUUGGUACGGCAUAUUUACAUGUAACCAUAUUCUUGCCAGUGUCAUGAUAUAAUCCACAUUUGACCAAAAUUGAGUUUAAAUGGACAUGCGUUCAUAUUUUACAGUAACUUUGAUCGAUACGCGUUCUUCCGAUCAUUAAUUAGAAUGGCCAAAGUCGCGUUUCGUAUUGACAGAUGAAUACGCUCAGUUUAUUAAAUAGCCUACCUCUUGGUUAAAUACGCUUACUUUAUUUAAUAUUAAUUAUAAGUGUAUUAAAUGUCUCUUGCAAACCAUUAAGGGACAAUGAAUGAAUACACUGACAUGGUAAUGCUACACAACAGGGGCGUCAGUUUGUGUUGAAAAGUGGUGGGGACAAAAGAUCUUAUAAAAACAUUACUGCAGGACGGGAAAAAUAUUGAAUAACGCGCAUCAAAAAUGGGCAUAGCGUAGGCCAGUCAACAACAAGAAAAUACUCAGCAUAAAUUUAUAAACCCUCAACAAUGUCGAAUGCACACAUCACACAUGUAACAGUCCCUCCCUGCAACACCAGCUCAACCGAACAGUGCCAAAGCACCAUACCGUAGAAAACAGCAGCGCGUUUAAUAAAUGAUUACAAUGAAUUUCAUUACAUAUGUACAAGAAAACACACCAGAAGCAUACAACACAACAUAUGUGACACUAGACCACAAAACCAGUCUUAAGCAUCGCUUGAUUUUUCAGAACAUUUUAACCAAAUGCUUUCAAAAAGUGGUGGGGAAAUCCCCAGCGUAAAUAUCACCAAUGCUAGACAGAUACUUUGUUUGCACAGUCCUACCAUAAUUAAGUAACUCCUAGAUGUUAGUCUGGCGUCCGGGGGAAACGUUUACCUCGAAGGAAAGUCAUUGUCAUGUUUAUUCGGCUAUAUCCAGUGCUGAGGUUCGAUGAAACUUUAAGAGACCGGCGAGAUGCUUCACAGGCGGAAGAUAUGCGGCGUGAUUGACAGCUUUGACACCAAACGGGUACGUGAAAAUUAGAUGACAUGAUUUCACAAGUUUUCAUUGGCUAUUUAGGUAUGUGACGCAUACUGUAUAUGGAAAUGAACCUGGACAUUCAAUCUGUCGAAAAAUCUCAAAAUCGGCAAAAUGAACAUACGUGAGUUUCAUCGGACAGCGACGUUAUGUACUCUGGGGACACCAAAGAUUUAUUUAACAUUUUUAGAAAUUGUGAAAUGUCCCCUUUAAUAGGUUAGGCUGGCAUUGAAUUGGCCAGCUUUGUCUCUGGAGCUUGCCUUUUUCCUCAAUAAUUUUAAUAAUAAAGCACUAAGCUUUUUGGCUUUUUUACAACAUUUAUAUGAGAUAUUAUAUGAUUCAGCUACACCUUCAUGAGAUGCAUAUUAGGGCUGCAUGACACAUUGCUUGGUUGGAUCAAAUUAUAAAAGCAUGAUUAUUCAUUAUUUGUAAUUUUUAUCUUGGACUUUUUUUAAAACAAGACACCAUUUUCUAUGUGUCCUUAUUCUUAUAAAAAAAUAAACUAUAUGUUUAUAAAUA